GCCCCAGACCCCGCCGCCAAGCUGGAGGAGCGACGGAAGACAGAUCCCCGGAGGAUGGAGGAUGAAGCCGUCCUGGACAGAGGGGCUUCUUUCCUGAAACACGUGUGCGAUGAAGAAGAAGUCGAAGGUCACCACACCAUCUACAUUGGGGUUCACGUGCCGAAGAGCUAUCGCCGGCGACGGCGCCAUAAGAGGAAGGCGGGCCACAGGGAAAGGAGAGAGAAGGAGAGAAAUUCAGAGAACUACUCUGACAAAUCUGAUGUGGAGAAUGCCGAUGAGACGAGCAGUAGCAUCCUCAAGCCGCUCAUCUCCCCGGCAGCUGAGCGAAUCCGCUUCAUCCUGGGGGAGGACGAUGACAGUCCGGCGCCCCCCCAGCUCUUCACCGAAUUGGAUGAGCUCCUGGCGGUGGAUGGGCAGGAGAUGGAGUGGAAAGAAACUGCCAGAUGGAUCAAGUUUGAAGAGAAAGUGGAGCAGGGUGGAGAGAGAUGGAGCAAACCUCAUGUGGCCACAUUGUCCUUGCACAGUUUAUUUGAACUGAGGACAUGCAUGGAGAAGGGAUCAAUAAUGCUGGAUCGGGAAGCUUCUUCUCUACCUCAGUUGGUGGAGAUGAUUGUUGAUAAUCAGAUCGAGACAGGCCUUUUGAAAGCUGAUCUGAAGGAUAAAGUGACCUACACUUUGCUUCGGAAGCAUCGGCAUCAAACUAAGAAAUCCAAUCUCCGAUCUCUGGCUGACAUUGGGAAGACCGUCUCCAGUGCAAGUAGGAUGUUUUCCAACCCUGAUAAUGGUAGCCCAGCUAUGACUCCUAGGAAUUUGACUUCUUCAAGUUUGAAUGACAUUUCUGACAAACCAGAGAAAGAUCAACUAAAGAACAAGUUCAUGAAGAAACUUCCCCGUGAUGCAGAAGCCUCCAAUGUUCUGGUCGGGGAAGUGGACUUCCUGGAGAGCCCUUUCAUUGCCUUUGUUCGAUUACAGCAGGCUGUCAUGCUGGGCGCCCUGACUGAGGUUCCAGUGCCCACACGGUUCCUGUUCAUUCUCUUAGGUCCUAAAGGGAAAGCAAAGUCUUACCAUGAGAUUGGGAGAGCCAUUGCUACUUUGAUGUCUGACGAGGUAUUCCAUGAUAUUGCCUACAAAGCAAAAGAUAGGCAAGACCUGAUUGCUGGAAUUGAUGAAUUCUUGGAUGAAGUCAUCGUCCUUCCUCCAGGAGAAUGGGAUCCAACUAUUAGGAUAGAGCCUCCAAAAACUCUACCAUCAUCAGACAAAAGGAAAAAUAUGUACUCAGGUGGAGAGAAUGUACAGAUGAAUGGAGACACCCCCCAUGAUGGAGGUCAUGGAGGGGGAGGGCAUGGGGAUUGUGAAGAACUACAGCGAACAGGAAGGUUCUGUGGUGGACUAAUUAAGGACAUAAAGAGGAAAAUACCAUUUUUUGCCAGUGACUUUUAUGAUGCUUUAAAUAUCCAAGCUCUUUCUGCCAUUCUCUUCAUUUAUCUGGCAACGGUCACCAAUGCGAUCACUUUUGGUGGACUGCUGGGGGAUGCCACAGAAAACAUGCAGGGCGUGUUGGAGAGCUUCCUGGGCACGGCUGUCUCUGGAGCCAUCUUUUGUCUUUUUGCUGGCCAACCGCUCACUAUCCUGAGCAGCACAGGACCUGUCCUCGUCUUUGAAAGGCUCUUAUUCAAUUUCAGCAAAGACAAUGGUUUUGACUACCUGGAGUUCCGGUUGUGGAUUGGUCUGUGGUCCGCCUUCCUGUGUCUCAUCUUGGUGGCCACGGAUGCCAGCUUCUUAGUUCAAUACUUUACCCGCUUUACCGAAGAGGGCUUCUCCUCUCUGAUCAGCUUCAUUUUCAUAUAUGAUGCAUUCAAGAAGAUGAUCAAGCUGGCUGAUUACUAUCCUAUCAAUUCCCACUUCAAAGUGGACUACAUCACUCAUUUCUCUUGUUCCUGUGUACCUCCAGACUCAGCUAACAUUUCAACUUUUGAUGAUGUGACCUUCACCCCCACAGAUAUAGCAAUGCCUUCUACUGCUAUGCCUCAUAAUGCAACCAUUGACUGGUCGUCUUUGUCCAAGAAGGAGUGUUUGAAAUAUGGUGGGGAGCUCGUGGGCAACAGCUGUAAAUAUAUUCCUGAUAUCACGCUCAUGUCCUUUAUCCUCUUUCUCGGUACAUAUACAUGUUCUAUGGCCCUGAAGAAGUUCAGAACCAGCCGCUAUUUUCCUACUAUGGCAAGAAAACUUAUUAGUGACUUUGCCAUUAUUCUGUCCAUCCUCAUUUUUUGUAUUAUUGAUGCCCUGGUGGGUGUGGACACUCCAAAACUAAUUGUGCCAAGUGAAUUCAAGCCAACAAGUCCCAACCGAGGCUGGUUUGUUGCACCCUUUGGAGGGAACCCCUGGUGGGUGUACCUUGCAGCUGCUAUUCCUGCUUUGCUGGUCACCAUCCUGAUUUUCAUGGACCAACAAAUCACAGCUGUUAUUGUCAAUAGAAAAGAACAUAAACUCAAGAAGGGAGCCGGCUACCACCUGGAUCUCUUCUGGGUGGCCAUUCUCAUGAUUGUAUGUUCCUUCAUGGCUCUUCCAUGGUAUGUGGCUGCUACUGUCAUCUCCAUCGCUCACAUUGACAGUUUGAAGAUGGAGACGGAGACGUCUGCACCUGGAGAACAACCCAAGUUUCUAGGAGUCAGGGAACAAAGAGUCACCGGAACUCUUGUGUUUAUUCUGACUGGUUUAUCAGUCUUUAUGGCUCCCAUCUUAAAGUUUAUUCCGAUGCCUGUUCUCUAUGGUGUGUUCCUGUACAUGGGGGUCGCAUCGCUUAAUGGGGUGCAGUUCAUGGAUCGUCUGAAGCUGCUUCUGAUGCCCCUCAAACACCAGCCUGACUUCAUCUACCUUCGCCACGUCCCCCUCCGUCGAGUCCAUCUCUUCACUUUUCUCCAGGUGCUGUGCCUGGCCCUGCUCUGGAUCCUCAAGUCCACAGUGGCCGCCAUUAUCUUUCCAGUCAUGAUCCUGGCUCUUGUAGCUGUCAGAAAAGGAAUGGACUACCUCUUUUCCCAGCAUGACCUCAGUUUCCUUGAUGAUGUCAUUCCAGAAAAGGACAAGAAAAAGAAAGAAGAUGAGAAGAAAAAGAAGAAGAAGAAAGGCAGUCUGGAUAGUGACAAUGAUGAUGAGAAAAAUCACCAACAUUCCUUGAACGCCACACAUCAUGCUGAUAAAAUUCCUUUCCUCAAGUCGCUUGGGAUACCAAGCCCUCCUAGAACUCCAGUCAAAGUUGUGCCUCAAAUUCUAAUAGAACUUGAACCUGAAGAUGAUGGUUAUUUCUGGAGGAGCAAGGGAACAGAAACUACGUUGUAACCUGUUUGUCUCUUAACACUGAAUUGUUUUCUUGGUGUGGAAGAUGAUGUUUUCUUCAGUUUGUUUUCGUUUUUUUGUCACUAGCCAAAUAUCCCAGUGCCCUCUGCUUCUAUCCUGUGUAGGGAAAAUUGAGACAAGAGCGCAUUUUUAGACAAUGAAUUUUCCUGGAAGAAUUUUCCUGAUCUCUUUCCUAUAUUUUUGGUAGUUUUCCCCCCACCCACCCAAUUCACACACACACACACACACACACACACACACAAAAUCUCCCACCACUAUCACUACUAUCUUUCUUCUCCUUUUUUUCCAGGGGCUGCAAAUGAAUUUUUAAAAAAAAAAAAAAAAAGGAUUUUGUAACAAUUUCUACUAAAGUAUCAAGAUGACUGACAACUUUAAUUGAAGAGCUAUGUUUGCUUGCUUGUUGUUCUGACUAAUUGAACCAACUCUCAAUGACUUUCAGAUGAGUUCAGUGUCUUUGCUGACAUAGAUUUGACAUAGAUUUUCACACCUAAAAAUGCUGCUACCCUCACUCUCCCAUGCUCUUGAACUCUUCCUUAGUAGUCUGAAGAGAAGGCAAGCUAAAGGUACUAAUUUCACUCCCUGCACAGAGAUACUCUGGCCAAUAUUGUAGCACGUUUUGGAAGUCCCAUUUCCUAUGCAACCUUUUUUUUUAAUCCUCUAAUGGGCUUAUCUGUUGACUCUUUUGAAGAAUAUUUUUCUUCCUAGAUUUUGUUGUUUAAAUUAUGGGGGCCUAACCUGCAACUUAUUUUGUUUGUCAAUUUUUUAAACUUUUUUUUAAAAAAAUUACUGUAAAGAAAAUGAAUUUUUUCCUGCAGCAGGAAACAUAGUUUUGAGUAGUUCUACCUCUUAUCUGUAGCUGCCAGGCUUUCUGUAAAAACAAUAUAUUGUAAAUAAUGUGAUUUUUGUACACAUAAACACACACAUGCACACAAUCUCCAGGACAAGUCAUGGGGCUGGAUUUGAUAAUAAGCACCCUGUUUCUAAAGCGUUAAUUUUUCUUUUCAUCUCUUUCUUCCUUUUUUUUUAGUUGUUGUUUAAAGUUCUAUGAAGGAGAUGGGAGAUGGGGGGCAGUUAACUACUUUGUGGUUUUAGAAUAUAGUAAAUGUAAUGGCAAUUAAUAAUGUAUUGACUGGUUCACAGAUGUGAUUGUAUUUUCAUGUUGAUAUCCUAUGCAGUAUUUUUUUUAGAAUUCUUUCACAUAAAAACCCUUGUGUUUUUAUGUAUGUUCAUGGAUGUAUUCUGCAUGUGGCCAAACCUGCAUGCAAAGGUAGAAAGAGAAGGAAUGUUGGCAAGUGAAUGAGUGAGUUAUUGAGCCUUACCUAUCAGUUUCCAUAAAACGUGGGUCUGACUCAUAAUUGACAAAUUAUUCAAGAGUUGGAGUGAGGGGCCUCUCUUUGGCCAAUAUGGACAGAUACGUGUUAUUUCCCAGUUACCUGUCACCAUUACUGAUGAAAUAUUUCAUAAGGCUCAUGAAAAGUCCACAGGAAUAGAACGGUCACCAUGCCCAUGUGAGCUGAUCUGCAAGAAUACAAGUGUAGCUACCAUACACUGUACAUAUACACUGUUUUGGAUUUUUUUCAAGGAGCAAGAUGACUAUCAUUUGUGAUUGGGAUCUUUUUAAAGUUGGGUUUUGUAUAUAUGUUUCUAAAUUAACAUAACAUAAUGGAAAUUGGGCAUUUAGUCACCAAAUUUAGCAUGGCAUUUUAAGCAUAUCAUUUUAAUAGGUUGCAUUAUAUAUUGUGAAUGUGCAUUAGACAUAACAUUUUUAAAUGUCUACAAUCUAAGAGUCAUAUAACCACAUUUGUGAUGCAUACACACUGUAAUAAACAGGGAGGGGAGGACUGGGACCAGAAGGAAACCAUUGGCUUUCAUUCUGUGAUACCUGUUGCAUUGUGGGUCCCUUUCCAAUACCACAAAGUUGACUAGGAAGACUGUCCCAAUGGGAAUAUCUUUUGAAAAAUACAGCUUAUGAAAAGACCACAUUCAAAACAGCUCUCACCCUGAAAUAUUUGCUACCUUUCUAGUACCAAUAGCUUUAACAGUGAAAUCCAGUGGAAAAUAUGGAUUUAGUUAUGACCUCUAAGAGUUUUUUAUUUUUGAAAAUUAAUGAAGAAAGUACCUUUUUAUGGUGCUGAGAUCUCACAUGGUGAAUUUUGGCUGCACAUUUAAAAUGAUCACUACCUUUACAACCACUAAUUAAAUAGAUUUAAGUUCCCCUUUCCCCCAUCCCGGCCCAACAUCUGAGAAUGCUUUCUUCCCUCCAUCAUCGAAGAAAACAUUCAGUUAAAUGUUUAAAAUAAAUCAUCCAUAAGAAAUUUUUGAUAUAUUAAAGAUCCUUGCUUUUUGACCAAUCUGGAUUAUAAGAAUGUGGCCUUCUUUGACCAUCAGUUCAAGUUGAUGAAUAUCCUGUAGUGACCAGAACUUUAGAUUUGGUCCUGGGAAAAUUUGGUCCCUGCUGUCCUGGAGCCUAUGUGUAGUCUUUUAAACUGGAAGCCAUCCUUACUUCUUUCAGAGAAUUCCCAAAUGAUGGAAAGACACCAUUGGCAUUCAUGAAAUUCCAGCCAUUGAAAUAGAUUUACAUGUCACUUCUGCAUCUUUAAUGGCAAAGACUGUUUGUACUAUCUGCCUAUAAUUAGAUACUAAAACUGAUUUUUAAUAAGAAAAAAGUUUAGCAUAGAUGAAAAAAGAGAAUAUUCUGCUUUUAUUUCUUAAGGAAAAGAUUCAAAAUCCAACCCUUUCAUCAUCUUGAUAUCCCUAAAAAGAAAUUUUAAAGACAUUAUUUUCAAAGAAGAGGUCACUCUUUUGAAAGAGGCUAUGUCUAUACAUGCAGAACUGCCAGGCUGUUUGUGCUUUUACUGAAUAAUUGGUUUUAGUAAAUGUAACAAAUUGCUGGGCUGUCAUGUUAUUGGUUAGAUACAGCCUUAGUGAGUUUAUGUGAUGAAAUCCAGUAAUUCUCACAAUGUCUAGUACCAUUGGAAGUAAAUAAGUGAGCACCAGAUGAUUUAAGUUGCUAGAAGCAAAUACCAGACAGUGAAUGGAUUAAAAGUGUUUAUUAGUGAGAUGCCAGAUAAAUGUAGACAAACCAAGUCCCUUUGUGAUAGAUGCAUUGUUGUAUUGUAGGGAGAAAGGCAGUCACACCUGACACAUCUGGCUUUCUACCAGUUUCUUAACAAAACUCAUUGCUUGAAAAUCAGAUUCGUUGUAAAAUAUCUUCCAAAUCCUGGCAUUCUGUUGGUCUUCCCCUACUCUCUUCUCAUUUUAAACAACUGCAGGGAGGAGAACAGGAGGGUGGACAAACACUCAUACCAUUUUAUUUGUGAAGAAAGGAAUGAAAACAAUUUUAUUGGGGUUGAGGGAAGAGGAAGAAAACCCCACAGCCUGACUUUGAUGUAUUGGAUAUUAAAUAUAAUUCUAAGAGUAUACAUGUUUAUACAUGUGUGUACAACAGACAUAUAUACAUGCAUAUGUCCAUGCAAUACACCGACACUUAGAGCAUAAGUAUUUUAUUGGCAGUUAGCUUGUGAUCAAUAUCCAGAAAAACCUAGUCUUCCGGGGAGUUUGAACCAUGUUUAAGUACUUGAAAUGUAUUGACUGCUGAAUUCUAUGUUUAAAAAGAGAAAUAUUUGCUCUCUUAUGCAGAAGUUGGCAUUGUUUGGGGAUGGGACAAAGAUUUCUGGAUUUCUCUUCAAACAACUCAAUUUCUUUGUUGCUGGAGCCUGGGAUUUUUCUUGCAUUAUCAGAUAUUUUUGGCAUUAACUCAUCAUAGUAUGAAUGGAAAACCUGGUGCCUUCAGGUUAUUGGAAAACACCCAGUGUCUCUUAUGUGGUAUUUGACUAUCAGAAGAACCCUGGAAUUUUUCACAUCUAGAAAUUCAUUGUAUUUUGUUUCAGCCUUGACAUUGGGGGAGGGGGGACCACCAACUUAAGCAAAAUAUGCUAACCAGUCCAAAUAUGCUUGGGCCAGAAAUUCGGGAUAUGGUUUAUUUCUCAGCUCAUUACUUUGUCCUCCAUGGGAGCAUACCAAAAUGCAAGCUUCUGAUACUUAACUUCCUUGGCAAAUAUUACAAAGAGAUACAAACUCAGGGCUAAAGUCAUCCAGUCAAACUUUCAGAGCCAGAAGUAACUUUGUCCCAGACCUACAAUGUGAAAAGGGUGAAUGAAUACUUGCCACUUUUUUUCACCUUCUAAGCCAUUUUCUUGGCUAAUGCAUCUCCAUACACAUGACUUUGGAAUCAAUACGCACUUUCAGAUACUCUUAUUUUUAUUCUCUUAAAAGUCUUUAUUAGCUUUGGAGAAAUGAUGCUUCUUUUUAUUUUAAAUGAAGUAGAUCAACGUGCUGGAACAAAUUGAAAAAAAAAGAGCAGAAAACAUUUCAAUAUACUAAUGAUAAUUUUUUCCAAUAUAAAACAUGAAAUUCCUAUAACAUUAUAGUAUUUUACAGUUUUAUGAUGCUUUCUAUUUGUGACUUUUAUGGAAUCAAGAGAUGAAGAAGAUGAGAUAUUUUAGCAUUUAUAUUUUUCAAAAUUAAAUGUAUACUUAAAUAAAUAACUUUAUGCAUUUAAA